UAAUUGGUGAAAGGUCUCUCUUGUAGGGUUGUUUUUUUCUUAUGAUUUCUCAACGACCCCAGUCGGCCAUUAAUGGCUGUGUGUUUAUAAGCUGAGUUAAUCAGGUGAUACAUGCACAAAUAAAAACUAAAGGUAAAAACAAAUAAAGAAAUAAAAAUGGAGUCUGAAAGAGAGAAAUUACAAUGUGAAAGAGAGAGAGAGAGAUAUUCUUAACAAAUUUGGUUGCCCAUAUUAAUUUCUUGUUUUCUGACUUUCUGUGUUAUUUCCCUCUAUAUAACGCUUUUGUCUUCUUUAUUUUCCAUUCGCUCAGACUUCCUGUUCUCUUCUCCCUUCUUCCCUUCCCCUUCCAUUCUCCACAUUCCUUGAUCCUGUUAACAAUCCAAUAAACAAAACCAGUCAUUCUUCACAAAACAGGAUCUGGGUUCCAUUUAUUUUUCUCCAUUUUUGCUCUAAGAGCUCACGAAUCAGUAGCUUGAAAGUUGAAACUCAUGUUCCAACAACUGUAAAUAAUUUUUUGUGUUUGGUGUCAGCAUUAGAGAAGAAAUUAGAAGUUUCUUGUUUACGUCCAAAUUUACUUGGUGUGGUCGCUAAUCACAUGGAUGCAUCGGCAGCUUUUAUGAUCUUACUAGCCAUAGUAGCUUAUUUAGUAUGGUUCAAGUUCAUCGCAAGGUCACUCAAUGGUCCACGUGUCUGGCCUCUAUUGGGCAGCCUCCCAGGGCUUAUCCAGAACUCGCAUCGCAUGCAUGAGUGGAUCGCGGACAAUCUCCGCGGGUGCGGUGGCACGUAUCAGACAUGCAUCGCCGCCAUUCCAUUUUUAUCCCGGAAGCAAGGUCUCGUGACUGUCACGUGCGAUCCUAAGAACGUGGAGCAUAUUUUGAAGGGCCGAUUCGAUAAUUACCCCAAGGGACCUAUUUGGCAGGCAGCGUUUCAUGAUUUGCUAGGUGAUGGGAUCUUCAAUUCUGAUGGUGACACAUGGCUAUUUCAGCGUAAGACUGCCGCAUUGGAAUUUACCACCAGGACGCUGCGCCAAGCCAUGGCACGGUGGGUUAGCCGGGCCAUCAAGCAGCGGUUUUGCCCGAUUCUUGAGACGGCUCGACUCCAGGGGAAGUCGGUUGAUCUUCAAGACCUCCUGCUUCGGCUCACCUUCGAUAACAUAUGCGGCUUGACUUUUGGCAAGGAUCCUCAAACACUAUCUCCUGGGCUUCCCGAGGACGGCUUCGCAAUGGCUUUUGAUCGAGCCACUGAAGCCACGCUCCAACGCUUUAUUUUGCCUGAAAUUAUAUGGAAGCUGAAGAAAUGGUUUCGGCUCGAGAUGGAAGUCAAGCUGAGCCAAAGCCUUCAACACCUGGAUAAAUACUUAUCCGAAAUCAUUAAUACACGUAAGCUUGAGUUGGUGAAUCAGCAUCAAGGUGGGGUCCCACACGACGAUUUGCUGUCCCGUUUCAUGAAGAAAAAAGAAUCCUACUCAGACGAAUUCCUCAAAAACGUGGCACUGAACUUCAUUCUAGCUGGACGUGACACCUCGUCGGUUGCCUUGUGUUGGUUCUUUUGGUUGGUCAGUCAAAAUCCAAGCGUGGAAGAGAAAAUCGUGACCGAAAUUUGCGCUGUUCUAAUGGAGACACGUGGCGCCGACACGUCCAAAUGGGUAGACGAACCCCUAGUAUUUGAAGAAGUUGAUCGAUUGAUAUACCUUAAGGCAGCACUGUCCGAGACACUAAGACUCUACCCUUCGGUGCCACAAGACUCAAAACAUGUAAUCGCUGAUGAUGUCUUGCCUAAUGGAACAUUUGUUCCUGCUGGAUCAAACGUGACAUACUCAAUUUAUUCAAUUGGUCGGAUGAAAUUCAUCUGGGGUGAAGAUUGCCUAGAAUUCAAGCCAGAAAGGUGGUUAUCCGAAGAUGGCAAGAAAUUUGAGGCAAAAGAUUCAUAUAGAUUUGUUUCCUUUAAUGCCGGUCCUAGAAUUUGUUUAGGCAAGGAUUUAGCUUAUCUGCAGAUGACAUCAAUAGCAGCGGCGGUGCUGCUCCGACACAGGCUUACAGUGGUGCCAGGCCACCGGGUGGAGCAGAAAAUUUCGCUAACACUGUUCAUGAAAUUUGGGCUCCUGAUGGACGUGCACCCAAGAAAUCUGAAGCUUGUCCUGGAAAAAAUAAGCAAAGCUGGUGAAAAACUCUCCUGCUAAUGGCAAUUAUUAGGGAUUAGCCCGAGCAGCUGGAGUGGCAUCUGACCCAAGGGAAAGCAAAGCUCUUACAAAAGGAGAAGAGGUGACGAGAAUUUCCGUCCAUACACCUUCUUCAAAGCCACUUUGUCACCAAGCCGAGAGUUAGAAGAUUAAUUGUCUUUGUUUUAAUUUAUCUAUAGAUGUACUAUUCGAAGUGAAAUAAAAACUGAAAUCCAAUUAUAUAUUAACCUCCCGAAGAUUGAAAUUUGUAUAACUGGAAAAUGAUAACACAGUCAUUUGCUUCAGUACUUGGUGCUUCUUUGUUCUCUACCAUGAAAACAAGUUUUGGUUUUUUAAAUUUGAUUAUUUAUGAGGCUUAUUGUCUGAAUUUAAAAACAGAGAUAAUUGGAAUUAUACUUAUUUUUUUCUAGUUAGUAUUUGAGA